GCUGAACGUCACGUAUUCGUGACGUCACCGGAGGCCUAUUAGCAACUUGGAACUAGCAGCAAGAGGGAUACCUGCUCGUGAAGUAUCGAAAAUGGGAAACACAAGCAGUGAGCGACCCGUUCCCCACAAGGUGCGGAGUGAUAGUACUGGGGCAGCGACUAAAGGGGAAGACAGAGCUAAAAUAUUGAUGGAUAGCCCUGAGGAUGCGGACAUGUUCCCUGCGGAGGAGAGUAAGGGUUCCACAGAAAAGGAUGAGUUUCUGGCUUGGCAGCAUGAUUUAGAAGUAAAUGAUAAAAUGCCUUCUCAAGCCAGACCAACUGUAUUCCGCUGGACUGGAGGCGGCAAAGAAAUCUAUUUAUCAGGGACCUUUAACAACUGGACAAAAAUUCCACUUAUAAGAAGCCACAACAACUUUUUUGCAAUAUUGGAUCUUCCAGAGGGAGAACAUCAGUACAAGUUCUUGGUCGAUGGCCAGUGGACCCAUGAUCCAGCAGAGCCAGUAAUUACAAAUCAGCUGGGCACUGUAAACAACAUUAUCCAAGUUCAAAAAACAGACUUUGAAGUAUUUGAUGCCCUAAUGGUGGAUUCUCAAAAAGGCUCUGACAUAUCAGAUUUAUCCAGCUCUCCCCCUGGACCUUACCAGCAAGAUCCAUAUAACUGUAAACUAGAGGAACGAUUCAAAACACCUCCUAUCCUUCCACCACAUUUGCUUCAAGUCAUUCUUAAUAAAGACACAGGCAUAUCAUGUGACCCAGCAUUGCUUCCAGAACCUAACCAUGUGAUGUUAAAUCAUCUCUAUGCCCUUUCAAUUAAGGAUGGUGUGAUGGUGCUAAGUGCAACCCACCGUUACAAGAAGAAAUAUGUUACCACAUUGCUAUACAAACCAAUAUGAUCGAUGCUAUGGAUUUUCUUCACUUUUUUUUUUUUUUUUUUUACCUGUAAAGUGCAUUAAAUAUUUAAAAAGCUAUAUUAUGUACAACCAAAUUCUGUCUGUCAAACUUUUAAACAAUUAUAUGUAAUAAUAAUCUGA